GCAUUACUGGACAAGUGAACAGGCACGCCGCUUUUCAAGUCUGGAGGAAGGAAAGGGAAAUACAGAUGAUGAAGAUGAAGAAUGGGUAAAGGAAGGCAAAGAUGGACAUUUGACAGAAGACAACCAUGAAGAAUCUAGUAAGAAAAUGACAUAGGAACUAAAACUCUGGCUGCCGAGGUAUUAAACCGGUUUCAAAAGUGGCUGGUAUCUCCUGAUGGUGAAAGGAAAGAUACAAAAACGGCUAAACAGCAUGUUGCGCAAGUGAAAAAUAUCCUGGCAAUUGUGGAUGAAGGAAGUCGACUUGAAUCGUUGCUGGAUGCCAUAAAGAUAAGAAACGUUUUUCUUGGUGAACAUGCUGAUGAGAAGUUGAGAAUAUUCCCCAGCCACAAUAACGUAAUACCUUACGAGUCUGCAGCAUUAUUGUUCCUACGUGCUAGGAGACUGACCAAAUGACGUUAUAUUCAACACCGAAGAUGUGAUCGUCUUACGUGAAAAAUUGAAAAGGUGGUCUUAUUCAUAUACUAAAGAAACAAUGCGACGAAGAUGGGAGAAACAUGAAGAACAUGUCAGCCUUCUGAUAACUCCAGAGAAGACAAAGGAGUUUGACGCAAGCCAGGCCUCGCGUAAUGCAGUCUUCAUCUUAGGCGAACUUGGCGGUAAUACAGUAGUUGAAAUGAAUCCAUCGAAGUAUACCCUUGUCAGGGAUUACCUCAUAGCGCACAUGAUGAUUGAUAAUGCGAAUCAUGCCGGAGUGGUUUCCUCUAUGACCGUAGAAGAGUUUCAGAGGGCUAGAGUUGAAGACGAAAGAUAUGUUGUUCGAAUUCUUAAACACAAAACCGUGGAUAGCCAUGGUCCAGCUCGAGCGGUACUAACAAAGCUCUUGUACAGCUACAUCAAUGUUUUCAUAAAGCAAAUGAGACCUAGACUUCCUGUUGCACUGUCCGAUGUGAAACAGGCGUUGUUUUUAUCAUGGUUAGGAAAUCAAAUAGAGUCAAAUCAAAUGACCGAGGCUCUUAGCUCCAUUUUCAAGAAAGCCGGGAUCAAGGGACCAGUCCACCACACUCUCUACCGAAAAAGCGCCAUGUCUCAAUGUCAUGCCCGCCAUAAGGAAAUUUCCAGCAACCUGGUUGAUCUAAUGGCGCAUCGAGAAUGCACCGCCGAGAAGUACGAUAGACUUUCCGAGAAGAACAAGUUAUCUGUGAAAGCAUCUAAAAAGCUUCAUGGCGUUAUGAGAAACUGUGAGGAAAACGAUAAAGAGCUGUGUACAAGAAAGGCAGUAAAUGAGUCCAGUGAAUGUGAACUCGUAACAGCUGACUUCCCGGGUACAGAACGAGCUCCCUGGAAAGAAGAGUCCUUACAAGCACUCCUAAAUCUAUUUGCAGAAGAAAUAUCGUUGCAAAGUGUCAUUAUGUCUUUAGUUCGA